GCGCUUGUCAAAGCAAAGCAUGCAAUCUUUAGUCUGACUAGCCGGAGACUUCUGUUUUUAUCUCUCAUGAUGUCAAUGUUAGCUAAUCAAUGUCGCUGUCUGUAUUUGUUAAGGCUGAGCUCUAGAUGGAAAUGUCACCAACAAGCGUCAAGACUGUCAACACUGAACAGCGGACUUCAUUCAACGGAAAUAACUUCAGUAUGCGGUGGCCGAUUUAAGAGUAUUUCUACUGUAAAGACAGACCUGAUGACCAAUUUGUGUGGAGGACUUACACAUACAAAGAGAAGAGAACUUCAUUUAAGCGCACCUUCUAUGGAAGCCAAGACAGGACAAUUCAGAGAACUAACAGAGCCAGAAUAUGAGAAGCUAGCAGAUGAAACACUGGAUGCAUUAGCAGAGUUUUUAGAAGACCUCACAGACGAGAGCUUCACCGGACUGGACUAUGAUGUUGUGUUUUCUAGCGGUGUACUGACAAUGAAAGUGGGAUCUGGCCACGGUACAUAUGUGAUCAACAAACAAACACCCAAUCAACAGAUCUGGCUGUCCUCGCCGACCAGUGGGCCGAAACGCUACGAUUGGACGGGGGAACGAUGGGUUUACGCUCGUGAUGGCAUGACGUUACACAAACUGCUCUCAAAAGAACUGUCCAUCAUCUUCCAAACAAAUAUAGACCUGUCCCGUCUCAUUUAUUCAUGAGACCGAUGUUAAAAACGGACUUCAUUGUGUUGUAAAUUAUUGCUGUUCAUACCAUGACUGUUGGGACGUCUUUGGGUAAAUAAUAAGGGUAACCGCUCAAAUCCUUGCUCGAUUGUUUUAUGCUUUUAAUAUCUUUCUGUAAUUUAGAAACUCCUCUGUAUGCAGAUCUGCAUUGAAACUAAAUCAGCCAAAAAGUUCUGUCAAAUUAAAAAAAACAUCAUCCCUGAAGCAUAUAUAUCAGUCAAACCACAGGGGAAAUUUAAUUGUACACAUCAAAAUUGCACGCAACACUAAUCUUUAAAACCCACUCAAAACAGCAGUGAAAUGUUUUGUAAUGAAAUCCCUGUAAAUGAACCUGGUUAGAUUAAAACCAGAUUACACGGUUCACAUUUAAUGGCACUUGAAUAAAACAAAUGGACACCGAUUGUUUUUUGGAGGCUGCUCUUAUCCUCAGCAUCCUGCACGCCUGGCCCUGGUUGUACUGGAGGCUGUUGGGUAGACGCAGGAUAAGAGGAUUAUGAGACUGAUGGAGCAAAGGUUCUUCUUUUAAGAGCUUUUAUUUAAGAAUAAUCUGUGACUGACAGCACUGCACCGGCAUCAUAUUCCUCUGAGUCAAGAGCAGGUCUUCCACCAUCAGGUGAUUUACAAACAUCGAUCCACCGGUCUGAUUUACAGCCAAUCCACCAUCGAUUAAAGUUAUUAACUUUAGGGAUACAGGAUAGUGACUCAUUACCCCCCCCCAACACCUCUUAAUGUAACGGGCCAUUAAUCAGUACAUUAAUUUAACAGUGUCUAUGUAAAUAUUAAAAUAUGAGUGUGUUUGAAGUCGUCCUCCGGGUUGAAACAAAGGCCUGACAUUUUUGUUUUUGUCUGUUUUUCGUACAUGCCUGAAAUUAAAUAUUUAAUAUUUACCGUGCACGUUUUGCUUCAGGAUCAAGAGUUUAUCUUAGUUUAAUUGUAGUAUGCAAGUUGUGAAAGAAUCUCUAUUUACCCUAUCUACCUGGGUCUUGUUGUGGAGGAACUGCAGAAGGCAUGGGAUGGCGGAAAGUUGUAUAAAAAAUCCUUGCAUUAGAAGUAUUGUGCUUACAAUUUCAUCACUUUCAUUCAUUUUACGUGAACUGUCCCUUUUAAUUUUGAGCACAGACCAGACAAGAGCUGCGCCCUCUGGAGGUCACAUUUGUCUACAGCAGUGGUCGCCAACCUUUUUGAGCCGGAAUUGUUGAAAGGCAAGAUCUACUCAAAAUGUUGAAAAUAAAAACAGCCCAGAUUGAACCUCCAGCUUGAGGCCUUUUAUUUAGCCUAUAAUUGUGGGUCUAUUUGAAUUACCUGAAAUUCUUUGUUCCUCUUUUCAGAUGCAGCCAAGCAAACUCUGUAACGUGUAGAGUUGCCACUUCAGUGUGCCAAAAUGAGGUGAAAACCACCAGUUCAAGGACUUUAAUUCAUACAUGACAGCUUGACAUUAAAACGAGGUUAAAAAUAAGU